AUGUACGCAAGGACUACAAGUUGUGGGUACUCACAUUUGACGAAGUUGUUACUGCCAUGGGUAACCAAGAAAGCAGACUCGCUGGCGAAGGCGAAACCUAUCACGCUCUUGUUGCACGUGGGAGUACUCAAAAAAAGCCUUACAGUACAACUCAGCAAUAUUCUCGCACUUGAUAUAAAACUGACAAGUGCAGGAAGUUUGUCAAGCACGGAAGCCGCAUAUGUCAAAGGUAGCGCUCAGGCUGGCACACGCGACAAUGGAGCUUCAGCAUUCGCAAAAGCCACCCAGGGCAAGUUUGUGAGCGCGGCUGUAGCUGGUAAAACAGAACUAUCCGUCCACACCGAGGGUAGCGGUUCUCGAGCUCUUGCAUCCAACCAAGGAGCUGCUGUUUCAGCCGGAGAUAGUGCUGCGAAGAUCCAUACGCAUAGGGCUUUGUCAAUGUCAGCGGUGCCUGCUUCGCAAAUGAUUGAAGACGGCAAAAAAGGCGGAAGGCUGGGAUCAAUGUCCACUGCCCUUACUCGGACAAAUCCGUCUUCAAAUGCUAUCGUCAGUCAGCCGAAAGGCAGUCUUAGGCGGAUGGUAUCUACGAUGUCGACUGCACCUCGACACCUGAGAAACGCAUUGGUGGCAUCUCGUGGCGAUGCGACCGCCCUUAUUAAUUCCACCGGUGACGCAGAGGCAACGGUGACUGGUACGACAGGCUCCGCGCGUAUCCGCAAGAACAAAAAUGACUUUGAGAUCGAAGCCACGGGCACAGGCCAGGCUGGGAGAACUGGGAAUACGAUGUGGGCUUUGGAUGGGGAUAAUAUGGCGAUGGCACACUUGGCUUCAUCAGAAUCUGGAGGCAUCUUCUGCCCUUGUUCGAUGAAGCAGGAUGCAAGGUUGUGUUAUUGUCCCUGUCAUGGAGGAGAAUCUUUCAAUCACAAGGAGCCUGUCAAUCUCAAUAGGCAAGAUUCCUACAGUUCUCCUCGAAGUUACGCUUCGGAGAGGUACUGA